AUGAUUGCUGCAAGAUAUAGACAUUUCAUACUUUAUGGAUUAAUUCUCAUCAGCUGUAAAAUGGUUAUCUCAGCUAACACAGGUUUCUCUGUAUCUGUUUAUGAUGUGACAUCAAGAAGCAUUUACCUCCGAUGGCCCAAAUUUCCAGGAGCCUUUUCUUACAGAGUCAUGGCAACCCCUAUGAACACAGUGGGACAUUCACUGUCAGCCCAUUUUAGUGAUUUCUCAUUUGUAGGUGUGUUAGCAUCCCUGGCCCCCAACACUGUUUACACUGUAAAAGUAGAUGCUGUUGACAAGAAUGGAAUUAUGUUGGCUGAAGCACAGACCAUGCAGUUAACAGCUCCUGAGAUCCCCAUUAUCGAACAAGCUUAUUCAAAACUGAGUAACAGUAUCACAGUGGAAUGGGCAGCAGUUGCAGGGGCAUCCAGUUACUUGCUGACAGCACAGGAUGGAGACUCAUUCGUUGAAACAAUUGUCUCAAAUUCACCAGGCACUGUGACAGGGUUGAAGGCUGCCACAAUGUAUAAAAUCUCCAUUCGAUCUAUAAACUCCGGAGGGAGAAGUCAACCUUCACCUGCAAAGAAGGCAAAGACGGUCUUGGCUGCACCAAUCCUAAUGGCAAGUUCCCUAAGUUAUGACAACAUAGUCAUGAGCUGGAGAGCUGUAUAUAUGGCCGUUGGAUUCUUUGUGUCUAUUAUGAGAUCAGAUGGUUUGGGCAGCAUGCUGAAAGAGAACACCACCAACACCUCCUUAGUAUUUUCUAGUCUAGAUCCAGGAACUCUUUAUACUAUCAAGGCACAUGCUUGGGAUGCCAGUGGAAUACCGGGGGAUGACUUCACCUACAACCAAAGAACACGGCCCCAUGCGCCAGCUGAUGUUCAGGUGACUUUGGACAGUGGAGCUUUGAGAGCUAUUGUUUCUUACACACCAGCAGAAGGAGCUUUUAGUUAUCUCAUGGCAGCCCAUAGUGGCACCUCUGAGCUAAACUGUAGCACAACUUCCAGCUCCUGCACUAUACCAUCACUCGAGUGUGGGUAUGAGUAUUCUUUGUCUGUCAUAGCAAGCAAUGAGGCUGGCUCAAGCAUUCCUACAGAGGCUGUCACUUUCAAAACUGUCCCUUGUGCUCCAAAAAGUAUAAUGAUUGAAGAAGUUGAGCCUGGCAACUUGUCAGUAUCAUGGUCCGAUGUUGACCUAAGUGAUUAUUACGUGGUCUUUGUGAAAAGUGACGAUGGCUUAGAGGUGAACUGCAACACCUCUCACACCCAGUGCUACUUCCAAUCAGACUGUGGCUUUACCUAUUUCAUCAGUGUCUUUGCCUAUAACAAGGCAGGGCAGAGCCCCUUGGGUGACAUAUUUAACCAUACCACUGCACCGUGCUGCCCCAGUGACUUUAACCCAGUGUUUGUGUCCAGUGACACAGUUCAGAUUGUCUGGUCUCCUGUCCGUGGUGCUGAAAUGUAUGAAACCAAAGCUGUUGACUGGUCCAAUGAGCUGCUCUGCAAUGACACAGCCACCAUUUGUACCCUGUCUGCACUGCAAUGCAACACCCAGUACAAUAUCACUGUCUAUUCCUUCAGUGAAAUUCGAGGUAGCAAUACCUCAUGUGCAUCUAAACAUGUGGCAACAGCUCCAUGCAGCCCAGAAAUAAUAAGCGUCUCAAAGGAUACACUCUCUGUAAUUAAUGUGCACUGGCUUGCCAAUAAUGAUGAAGCAAUAUACACAGUCACUGCCAAAGGAGAAGCAGGAAUGUGGGACUGCACAAGCACUGGAAAUUCAUGCACCCUCCACAACCUCCCAUGUGGGUCACUGUUCUCAAUCAGCGCUGUUGCAAGCACAGAAGCAGGACGCAGCCUGCCUAGUUACAGUGUCCCUUUAGAAACAGCUCCUUGCUGCCCAGCUGACCUUACCGUAACUCAAGUUACACAGUCUAUAACAAACAUCAGCUGGUCUACUGGGUCUGGUGCAAAGACGUACAUAGCAACUUUGGAAUCACGAAUAGCACAGGCCAGAUGUCACACACUCCAAAACAGAUGCCUUCUAGGAUGCAUUACAUGUGGCACCAACUACACUGUAUCUGUCAAAGCAAUCAGUGAAACAGGCUUAAUAUCAGAUUGUAUAUACAGAGGAUUUUCUUCAAGUGCCUGCUGCCCAUCUGGAGUUAAACUGUAUAGACUGGACAAUAAAGGCAUACGGAUAUACUGGCAGACUUCAGAAGGAUCAAUAAACUAUAUUACAGAUCUGUAUGGUUCAAAAGGAAAUUUCACCUGUACACCCAGUGCAGCCCUGAGUUACUGUGAUGUUACAGAGAUACCCUGUGGAGAUGUCUAUACAGUUGUGGUAUCACCAGUAACUGAUAAAGGAUCAAAACUUACAUUUUGCCCUAAGAAGAUAUAUUCAGUGACUUGCUCUGGAAGUUCAGUUGGAAUGGUGAUCUACAGGGGAAAGAGGAAUGCUGAUCGCCACCAGGUUUUACAGGGAAUAAUGAACUGA